CCAGCUCUGGUUGGCCUACCAUCCCGGAACAGGCGUUAACUCCAGGCUAUAGCAAGAUGGCGUCCCUGGAUCGGGUGAAAGUACUGGUAUUGGGAGACUCAGGUGUUGGGAAAUCUUCACUGGUUCAUCUUCUGUGUCAAAAUCAAGUACUGGGAAAUCCGUCAUGGACUGUGGGCUGCUCAGUAGAUGUCAGAGUUCAUGACUACAAAGAAGGAACCCCAGAAGAGAAGACCUACUAUAUAGAAUUAUGGGAUGUUGGUGGCUCUGUGGGCAGUGCCAGCAGUGUGAAAAGCACCAGAGCAGUGUUCUACAACUCUGUAAAUGGUAUUAUUUUAGUACAUGACUUAACAAAUAAGAAGUCAUCCCAAAACUUGUAUCGUUGGUCAUUGGAAGCUCUCAACAGGGACUUGGUGCCUACUGGAGUAUUGGUAACAAAUGGGGAUUAUGACCGGGAACAGUUUGCUGAUAACCAGAUCCCACUGUUGGUAAUAGGGACUAAACUGGAUCAGAUUCAUGAAACCAAGCGCCACGAAGUUUUAACUAGAACUGCUUUCCUGGCUGAGGAUUUCAAUGCAGAAGAAAUUAAUUUGGAUUGCACGAAUCCACGGUACUUAGCUGCAGGUUCUUCCAAUGCUGUCAAGCUCAGUAGGUUUUUUGAUAAGGUCAUAGAGAAGAGAUACUUUCUGAGAGAAGGUAAUCAGAUUCCCGGCUUUCCUGAUCGGAAAAGGUUUGGGGGAGGAACAUUAAAGAGCCUUCAUUACGACUGAAUCGCACUCAUCAUCUCGAAGAGUGAGCAAGCCGUGGCAGUCAUGCACAGCCUCCUUCUUGCCGUGUUGAUGAUUAAUGUUGCAGCCUUUUCACAGAAUCAUCUUAAAAGGCCACCCUUCAGCCGCACCUUUCAAUGGAAAGCUGAAAGGAAGUGACCGUGUGGGAGGUCCAAACUUUGUCCCCGUCCUCUCUGUUCCUCACCUUUCUGUCCCUGUUUCUAGAUUAUGUAAAAGCCCUGUGGAAAUAGGAGAUGUUGUCAAAGUGAUGCAGUAAAUGAGCAGUGACAGAGUGCUGCAGAGAAAAUUUACUCUUCCCAGAACUGGAAGGUUUUUAUAGGUCUGUAAUUUUCCCCACACUCCCUGCUGGAGGCUUAAUUAAGUACUUCAGAAAUGUAUCUCUGUUGUUUGACCCUCUUGAGGGGAAAGGUUAUGUUAACCAGCCCUGGGUCAUGCAACCCAAACAGUCUCUGUCAUUUUCAAAGAAGCAAAAUGGUGUUAUUUAAUUGUGGCCCCUCUCAUUGCACACAGGGAUGCCUAAGAAUAGCAGCCCUCGUCUCCCACUCCUAUGCUUUGCAAGUGGUUUGGUGGCUAGAAGAGGCAGGCUCAGAACUGGAGUUAAAUAUAAAUAGAUUAAUAAUACAUAGAGAAUGGCAGUACCAGAAAAGAAUUCUCCAAGAGAUGGACAGCUCACUCACUAAAUCCUUCACUCUAGGUUCCAGAUGUCUGCACUGUCUUAUUGUGUUCUAUUUGGAAAUAGGUGGGGUGAGAUCUCAGACCUGUAUGACGGCACCAAGAGAGAAUUACGGCCUCUUUGUUUCUGGGUUUGUUUUUUUUUUUAAGGAAAGUCAGCUCCUGAAAUGCCUCUUAACUGUAGUCAGUAAACUAAGAAUUUUAUUCUGUCAACAAUGUAUUUAUGGAGAGAAGUAAAAAUAAGUUCCACAGCAACACAUUUACAUGAAUUAUGGACUAGGAUUCUUAGAUUUCAUAAUCCAACGUUUUUUGAGGGUGGUGGUGUAUAUGUGCGUAUGCAUAAUUGUUCAUCGUUACUUUUUUUACCUAUCUUUUCUGCUUGUUUAAUUCUCUCUGCCCUGGUUCUUUAAUAUAUAGACCUCGUUUCCAAAAA